AUGGAGCUCAAUAGAGCAAUGGAUAUGGCAAAGGGUGACGUAAAAACGGGGAAUUCCCCGAAAAUAAAACCGGGGAAACCGGAGGUGACAAGCACAGAAAUCCCCGGGCAAGGAGUCCGGGGAAAACCCAAGCAGCAGAACGGGGGAAAUUCCGAAACACAAGUAUGGGAAAAACCCGAAAUUCGAAACGAGAAAAAACCACGGAUCAAGCCGGAUUAUAGGAACUUUAAAAAUACGGCAACCAAUACCGACGGACGAAUACGGACCUGUUGGAAGUGUGGCGGACCAUACACGUGCGAAACAAUCAUCGGGAAACGAGGUAACGGCCGGAGGGUACAGGGAAAUCUCGCCGGUCCAGACACUAGAGAAGCCAGUUUCCUACUAGAAAAAAACCAUUUGCGGCUACCGGGGAAAACCGCGGGCUGCAGCUGA